UCAUAUGAUAUUCUGUGUGUUUCCCGUCAUGGCGGUGAGGUCGCGGCAGCUGGCUGCUGCUCUGCUCUUCAUCCUCGGAGGGGUUUUAAGUUUUCCUGUCGGUCAGGAAACACAGCGGACAGCUACCUGCGGAUAUGAGUCAUGUCAUGCUACCAAGUCCAACAUGCUGAACGUCCACCUGGUCCCUCACACACACGAUGAUGUCGGCUGGCUCAAGACUGUGGAUCAGUACUUCUAUGGAGACCGUAACGACAUCCAGCAUGCGGGGGUGCAGUACAUCCUGGACUCGGUGGUGGAUCAGCUGUUGAAGAAUCCAGACAGGAGGUUUAUCUAUGUGGAGACGGCUUUCUUCUACCGCUGGUGGAAACGGCAGAGCUCCAACAUGCAGCAGACAGUCAAACAGCUGGUUAAUGAAGGCCGUCUGGAGUUUGUGAAUGGCGGCUGGUGUAUGAGUGACGAGGCCACUACCCACUACAGCGCCGUCAUUGACCAGAUGACCAUGGGCCUGAGGUUCCUAAACGAGACUUUUGGACCUUGUGGUCGUCCCCGCGUCGCCUGGCACAUCGACCCCUUCGGCCACGCCCGUGAACACGCCUCCAUGUUUGCACAGAUGGGAUAUGACGGCUUCUUCUUUGGUCGUCUGGACUACCAGGACCGCAAUCACAGGAUGAUUGAGAAGGAGCAGGAGCUUCUGUGGAGAGCGUCUGACAGCCUCACACCCCCGAUGGCCGACCUCUUCACUGGGAUCCUUCCUAAUGGGUACAACCCACCUGAAGGCUUCUGCUGGGACCAGUCCUGUGAUGAUCCACCAAUCAGAGAUGACCCUGACCUGGAGGACUAUAACGUUGAUGAUGUGGUGAAGCGCUUCCUCAUAAUCGCCAACAAUCAGGCUUUGGUGUAUAAGACCAAUCACAUCAUCAUGACCAUGGGCUCAGACUUCCAGUAUGAGAAUGCCAACCUGUGGUACAAGAACCUGGACAAGCUCAUCCACUACGUUAACGCCCUGCAGGCGAACGGCAGCAUGGUCAACGUUCUCUAUUCUACUCCUUCCUGUUACCUCCAGGAGCUGCACAGAGCAAACCUUACAUGGGCUUUGAAGAGAGAUGAUUUCUUCCCCUAUGCAGACGAUUCUCAUGAUUUCUGGACCGGCUACUUCACCAGCCGACCGGCACUGAAACGUUACGAAAGGCUCAGCAACAGCAAUCUGCAGACGUGUAACCAGCUGGAGGUACUCGGUGGGCCGAACUCCAGGAAGGGACCCUUUGGGGAGGGUGACAGCCAGCCCAUGAAGAAAGCCAUGGCGGUGGCUCAGCACCACGACGCAGUGUCAGGCACUGAGAAGCAGCAUGUAGCCAACGACUACGCCAGGAGGCUCGCCAACGGCUGGCAGCAUUGUCAGGUUCUGGUCAGUAACAGUCUGGCUGCUCUCAGUGGUUCGUCCGCAAAGCGAAUCUACUGUGACAACCUCAACAUCAGUGUGUGUCCUCUCACUGAGUCCAGCAAAAAGUUCUCAGUCAACGUGUACAAUCCUCUCGCUCGGCCCGUCACUUGGCCGGUCAGGCUUCCGGUCAACGGAACAGCUUACGCCGUAUCUGAUGCUAACGGGAAAUCUGUGGACUGCAAGGUGGUUCCGGUGUCCACAGUCACUCAGGAGGUGAGGAAGAAACGAGGCUUCGCCGUCAACGAGCUGGUGUUCCAGGUGCAGGCUCCUCCUCUGGGCUACAGCACCUACUCCGUGUCCCUGCUUCAGGACGGGCCUCCGCCCGCGUCCACGCAGCACCGCGCAGCCACCGCCAUCCAGAACAAGUAUCUACGAGUGACCUUUGACCCCGACACCGGCCUGUUGAGCAGCCUCAGCAACUUGGAGACCAAACAGACCAUCAAACUGAGUCAAAACUUCUAUUGGUACAACGCCAGUGACGGGAACAAUUCAUGCAGUAACCAGCCUUCAGGUGCUUACAUCUUCAGACCGAACUCCUCCACACCUUUUAUAAUCAGCAAGAUCGCCAAGACUGAGACUGUUCAGACCUCAGUGGUGCAGGAGGUGAGGCAGUGGUUUGCUCCCUGGGUCUCUCAGGUGGUCCGUCUCUACACGGACAGCAGAGCUCUGGAGCUGGAGUGGACAGUCGGGCCGAUUCCCAUUGAUGACGAUCUAGGGAAGGAGGUGAUCACUCGUUUUGACACCAGUAUCAAAUCUUCAGAGAUUUUCUACACAGACUCUAACGGCAGAGAGGUGCUGCAGAGAAAGAAAGACUUCCGGCCCACUUGGCACCUGAAGCAGUCGGAGCCCAUCGCUGGAAACUACUACCCCAUCAACUCUCGCGCUUUCAUCAAGGAUGAUGUGGACCAACUCACUGUGGUGACAGAUCGCUCUCAAGGAGGAGGCAGCAUCAAGAACGGCUCUCUGGAGAUCAUGCUCCACCGCCGGCUGCUCUACGAUGAUGUCCGCGGCGUUGGCGAGCCCCUCAAUGAGACCUCUCACAUCUUCCCGAAGGGGCUGGUGGUCCGCGGCCGCCUCCUGCUCUCCCUCGACCCCCCACCUGUCGCCGCCGACGCACACCGCCCCCUGGCACAGGAGGUGGUACUACAGCCGUUGCUGACAUUCACUGAUGGAGAUGUGCAGCCAGGCGCUCGACUAGAGUUCUCCGGGCUUCAGGCUGCGCUGCCCCCUGCUGUCCACCUGCUGACACUGAGUCAGUGGGAUGAAGACCUGGUCCUGCUGAGACUGGAGCAUCAGUUCCAGAGCUGGGAGAGCAAACUGAACUCACAGCCUGUCACCGUCAACCUGCAGAAGCUGUUUUCCACUCUGGAGGUGCUGGGUGUCUCUGAACUGAACCUGUCAGCCAAUCAGUGGAAAGAGGAGAUGACACGUUUUGACUGGAUGCCACAGAAAGAUGUUAAGCCCCUGCCAAAGAAGUUCCAAGACCCCUCCGCAUGGGAGGUCACCUUGAGGCCGAUGGAGAUCCGAACCUUCCUGCUCAGAGUCAGCCUCAGAUAGCCCGAUCACAUGCUUCAGUUCUUACAAAAAAAAUAUUUGAGAAUGAUUCAGCGAUUCACUUUCAAUCAAUUGAUUAAAGCUCCUGUGGCCUCUCGCUCGCGUUUGAUUCAAACAGGCGAGAACUGUUUCUACACCGGUUGGAAAAUGCGCAGACACUUGGAUGAUUACGGGUUCCUGUUUACAAAGGACAACUCUAUGAGGACACUAAAUUGAAACGAACUCUGUGGCCAGAUGUACCUGAGCUGGAUUUUCCAAAAACAUCUGAUUCGAGUCUCUCGUUUCCACUUUUAAUGGAGCCGAAUGAACAGUUAAACCGGAUCCAAAAGAUGUUUUUGGAAACCCAGAUACUGCUCGUCACAGAAAUCGAGCAUCCUCAUGGCGUUCAAACAGAAAAAAGGAGGUUAUUUGACAUUUAGUGAAACUGAAUGUAUGAAUUCUUUUAAGACAUACUGUACUGUAUGUAUAUUACUUGCUGAAGCUGCCUUUCAUAUUGCAGAUAUAUCAAAGACAAAAAGACUACAUCCCUCCAGAACUGACAAUUUUUCAGACCUAAAACUGAAUUUUUAGCUGAUUUUUCAGCACGUGCACUUCAAAAAACACAGAAAACCUUAUGAUUCAGACAUUUUCUCUCUACAAACUGGUGCCAAAUUAUACUGACUGCCUAAAGUGUAACCUUUGUAUUCUGCAAAUAUGUGUAAAUACUUUGAAAAUAUUACUUUUAUACUGAUCAAGCGGUUGAAAUUAAAAAUCUGUCAUUCUUA